AUGAAGCAGGAAAAAACUAAAACUAAACCAAAAGAAUAGAGAGAAGAAAUCUUACCCAUAAAUAAAAUAAUCUAAAAAUGCGAAUAGACAUUGGAGAUCACCCAGCUUGAACAGCAGGAAUUAAAAAAAAUGUUUUCUAUUGUUUCUGACAAAAUGCAUUAAGUUAAUUAAAAAAUUUUAACUUUUGAAAGAGAAGAAAGACUCUUGAGAAGAGAAAAUGAUGAAUGGGAAUUCUACUUGAAGGAGAAAUCCUAACUUUUGAAAUAGCUCACAUUAUUAAUCGAUUUAAUUAGUGGCAAAGAUCAUUCCUUUGAAAUUGAUAUCUCAACUAAUCCUGCUUAUAAAGAAAUUCAGCAUUUUUAACCAAAGAAAAAACAGUAUGGAGAAGAUCUAUUAAAAACCAUUUAGAACGAUGAAACAUCAAUUAUUAAGCUUUAAGCCUAAUUAUAAGAAAUUGAAGAAGAUACCAAGCUUCUAAGACAAUCAGGGGCUUUUUGGAACUGUGUUCGUUGUAAUGUCACAUUAAAAGAGGGCUUUAAUGAGGAAACUUGCAUAUUUCAUCCCGGUAAACUCAAGUAUUUUUCUUGCAGAACUUGUGGAGGAGAUGAAUACUUUACAUGCUGUAAUUAGUGUAGAGAUUGCAAUCCAGGUUGUAAAAAAGGCUUGCACAAACCUUGA